CCUCUUGUUGGACUCUUCCUCUCCGCUUCCUCCUGCGCAGUUUUUGUUUUUAUUUUUCCUCCAUUAUUAGGUGUUGUUCCUUUCCAUUGUACAGCGUAAGGGCUCUUCUUCCAGAGGUUUCUUUGGGAUGGAUGGAAGUGGAGAAGAUCAGCAUCAGCGGAAGCAGGAUUUGGAGCGGGGUCCCUGGGUUCCGCCUACGCCUUUUUCUGAGAAGAAAAUCCUCAUCUCAAACAAUGGCCAGGGGAUUCCUGUCUGCAAUUCAAUCUCUCCUGAGCCAGGCUGUGCCGCUGCCCCCUGUGGGUGGAGUUCGCGCUCCGAUUCAAGAGGUUUUGGCUAUCGCAUUCCAGAACUCUAUGGCUCAACGUGUGCUACUUCAUCUUCCAUAGCACCGGCUCACGGUCACAAUGCCAGUUUACACACAAUACCCAGGACCGAUCCAACAGCAUGUUUUUCACAAACAUCCUUCAGAAAUAUCCCUUUGGCAUUUGAUGCUAACAAGAAUCUAUCCUUUUCGCCGAAUCACUUUCUUGCAGAUGGGGAAGUGUUGAUGUUUUCCAGUUCUUCUAACAAGGAUGGUCUUUCUGCUCCAUUUCUUCCAAAUCUUAAUUUCUUGCCGGAAGAAGCAGCAGGUAUGAACAUACCAAUGACAGCCAAAGGUAAAGAAACACAAGGUUCUGCACCUGGUGCACUGGUUGGUUUCUUUGAGGAGUUAAACAGUAGGGAGAGCAACCAAGAGACCGACGUACUGCAAUGCUCAGCAGAGGAGAUUGCCAACAAUGUUUCCUUACCUGUAACCCCCCAGAUGAGGAGAAGAGAGUGCAAGAUUGUACUCUUCCACAGGUGAUUAUGGUUUGUCAAGAGUCAAUUGAUGGGAAAAAUAAUCAGAAGCUCAGUGAUCAAUGUUCUAACUGCAAUUCCUCAAUGCCAACAACUGCAACCGAGCGAGGCUCUUGUACACCACAGCAAGUCGAACCGCAUAGACAAACAUUGUUGGCUCCUUCCCAACAACCGGAAUCUGGAAAGGAUGAGCAGAGGAAUGACCCAGGACUAAGCUUGAAAAGCACACGAAGGCGGAAGACAAGAAGGAAAAGGUACAUGCCAAAGGUUUUUCAAGAAGGCAAGCCAACCAAAACCCCACAGCCAGCAACUCCAAAGCCUGUUACGCCCAUGCGAGUCGGGAAACAUGCAAAUGAGACUGGUAAGAGGAGUUAUGUCCGGAAGAAGAAAGGCCUAAAUUCUUCCGACACAUCCCCAGACACUAUAAGAGAAAAUGUUGGCAUAUCAAGUGCAGAAGGAACAAGUGCCAAUCCGCAUGCCGUAAAUGGGAUCAAACCAGUCAGGCGGAGGUUGAAUUUUGAAUCUGAAGGUGGAGCAGCAAAUGUACACAUGGAAUCAAUGAUGACCAAUGCACAACCUCGACGUAGAGGGAGACCUCGAAGCACUCCAACCUCCAGAAGUAAAUCAAAGGCAAAGCUCAGCCAAGGAAUGGAAAUGGUGGUGGAAAAUUCACCAGGUUGUAUGGCAUUCGAUCUCAGUCAUUCACUAAACCAAAUGCUGCAAGACUACGCAAUGUUGCCAAAAAAUCCAAACUCACAACCUCAGUCUAUUAAAAGGGGAUUGUUCAAAGAAGCUUCGAAGCAUAUUACUGGCAAUGCAAAUAAUACGAGCAACCCCAUUCGUGGUCUACAACCAAAACUGAAACCUGGUGAGAAGCAGGUAAAUCGAAAUAGGCAGGCAGAUUGGAUCUUAAUAGAAGAUGACAAUGACAAGACAGGAACAAAACGGGACUAUAGUCAUAUUGAUGGUGCUCAAACUGGUUGGACACUUUCAAGAGAUGCCCACAUCAUGCAGGCAAAUAAGGAGAUAAAUCAGGCUAACAGAUUUGAUGAAACAAGCAGCCACAAUUCAUACUCUCGAGAGAUGCAUAAAAGGAUAAGGACAAAGAAGCCGGACUUGGAAUAUCAUCAAUGUAUGCAACAUUGUUCCGAAGAAUUUGCAUCUGCAGAUGUGCAAAAGUCACUGAUCUCAGAUAAAUCACAAUCUCCAGAAUGCACAUUGACGUUUGGCCACAUCAAAAGACCGACAAAGAAGAGAUCAAAGAUACCAGUCCGAGCCCGUAAAAUAACUUCAACUGCUACCAUCAUAGACUGCAAUCAACUAUUGCCAACUCCUGAAAAACCACCUCAAGCAUGUCUUGAAGCCCUGUUUGCAGACAACAGUAUGAGGAUGAAAAGAAAAAGGCGCACAAGAAAGGCGCAAGCUCAUCUUGUCAAGAUCAUGUCUUUCAAUGCGGAUCAUGAAAAUAAGGUUGAGCUAAACACUUACAGUUCUCUGGAGCAAAAAUCUGUUGGAUUACCAGCAUCAGGAGGACAUUUUCAAGAAAUGAAUUUGCAUCAUCUCCAAAUAAUCCCCAUACAACAAUACCCGACGAGCAGCCAUGUUCAAGAACUGCCCUACACUGACCCCAUAUCUCAAGAAAUUGUUCCAUAUGUAAUUAAUGUGAAUGAUGUUAUUUGGAAGGUACAGAAUCUGGACAUAGAGGGGGGGCAGGUGCACAGUGCAGCUGAACCACAAAAUGCUCUUGUUCCUUAUGGUGGUAGUAUGAUUGUUCCAUUUGAGAAGCCCCUUGAUACAAGCAAGAAACAGCGCGCACGGGCUAAGGUUGAAUUGGAUGAUGAGACACAUAGGGUAUGGAAGCUUUUGAUGGGGAAGGAAUGCAGUGAUGAAGCUGAAGGGUUGUAUGAGGAUAAAGAGAAAUGGUGGGAAGACGAAAGGCAAAUUUUUCAUGGCCGUGUAGAUUUAUUUAUUGGACGCAUGCGUCUUGUCCAAGGUGAAAGAUGCUUCUCUCCAUGGAAAGGGUCGGUAGUUGAUUCUGUGGUAGGUGUAUUUCUUACUCAGAAUGUUUCGGACCAUCUUUCCAGCUCUGCCUUCAUGGCCCUUGCUGCAAGAUUUCCCAUUCGGACAAGGAGUAACAAUGCAGAUCCUAAUGCAGAAAAGAUGAGCAGAACAGAAAAGCAAGAUGGAACCAGUCUUGCUUCUGAUGCUAUUAAUUGGCAAGAAAAAGGGUUCUGUCCAGAUGUGUGUGACCAGGGUCCUCUGGAGAUCCAUGAUGCUGAUUAUGUUAAAGAAAGUGAGAUGGCUAGUAGUAAUGAAUCAAUAGGAAGUAAUGCUAGAGGCAACAAGUUAGAUGAUUCAAAAGGGGUAGGUUUGGACAUCCAUGUGAGAGAGCCAGAGAUAGGUUUUGGAACAGCACACACCACAAUAGACACAUUAGUUGCAGUAACAGGAAGCACAGAAUCAGAAGAUAGACAGUCCCUUGAGGAUGUAGUUUCAUCUCAAAACUCUGUUACUUCACCCGGAAACUCUUUAGACUACCAAACUCAGACCACCAAUUUAGUAGGAUCAACUGCAGGGUCACACUUUGGAGCCAAUAUAUUCACUGGAAGUACAUCAAUUGCUUUGGGGAAUUCUGCUUUCCUGGAGGAGAAUGUGUGCAUGGCAGAGACGGCCCAAAAACAGGAAAUGGACAAGCAUGGCAAUGACAGAGUUCUGUUAGAAGAAAAUUGUAGUGGAUAUGAUAAGGAGGGAUGUAAAGAGGGUGAAAACAGUACAAAAUUUUCUUAUGGCUUAAAUUAUCUCAAAAGUGCUUGUAGAUCAAUUAGUUACGCACCUGACUCCCAUCUCAAAUGUUCAGAACAUAAUACAAGUGGUGUGCCUUCUGUCCCUUCUGCACCUUCUCCUUCUGACAACUUGUAUUUCAAGUCAGUGGGCAUGGAGAAUAUCAAUGUUGUAAGAGAAGAAAGCAUUUCAAACUUGUCAUUUACUGCUUCUGGGUCCAUCAAGACUAAUAACAUCAAAUGCUGCGAUCCUUCAUCAGAAAAUACAAAUAAUUCUGCAGGUGAGCAAUCAGCAUUGCUCUCUAAAAUAACGGAAGCAGUUGAUUCAUGUGCAUGUAUAAGCAGAUAUUCUUUGCAAUCACAAACUUGCUCAAGGGCAGAUCAGGAUAGAGCUAACUUUCAGCAGGAAGAUUUCCCAAACAAAUAUACUCAACAUGUAGUUGAUGAUCAAGCUCAGAUACCACACAUGCAGGAGCAUCAAACAUGUUGGAACUCAUGUAAUAAUGAAACAGAAACUUUAGAGACUGCCAAGACAAUUAAAUCUAAUUCAAAAGAUGAAGUUUGCAGUUCCCAAAAUGUUCCAACAGAAACAGCCAAAAGCACAUUAAGAGCAAAGAAGGCAAAGGUUCAGGCUGAAAAGGCAGAGACUUUUGACUGGGAUAGCUUGCGAAGACAGGCCUAUUGUGAUGGUUAUCAGAGAGAGAGAAGCAAUGAGAGUAUGGACUCACUGGACUGGGAAGCAGUUAGGUGUGCCACUGUAAAUGAAAUUUCUGAAGCAAUUCGUGAGCGAGGAAUGAACAAUGUUCUGGCUGGGCGAAUUAAGGAUUUCCUUAACCGCCUGGUUAAAGAUCAUGAAAGCAUCGACCUUGAAUGGCUAAGGGAUAUUCCACCAGACAAAGCAAAGGAUUACCUUCUAAGCAUACGAGGAUUAGGACUCAAAAGCGUUGAAUGUGUUCGCCUUUUGGCACUUCAUCAUCUAGCUUUCCCGGUUGACACAAAUGUUGGUCGCAUAUGUGUAAGGCUGGGAUGGGUACCACUUCAACCCCUUCCUGAUUCCAUUCAGUUGCAUCUCCUAGAAAUGUAUCCUAUCAUGGCGACAAUUCAGAAGUUCCUUUGGCCACGAUUGUGUAAACUUGAUCAAGAAACACUGUAUGAGCUACACUAUCAAAUGAUUACUUUUGGAAAGGUAUUCUGUACCAAAAGCAAGCCAAAUUGUCACGCAUGCCCAAUGAGAGGAGAAUGCAAACACUUUGCAAGUGCCUCUGCAAGUGAAAGAUUUGCACUCUCAGGACUAGAGGAAAAAAGCAUAGUGAGCUCGACAACUCCCCUUGCCUCCAGAAAUGAUAAUAUUCACAUAUCUAAUCCAGCGCUCCUGCUUCAACCUGAGGAAAGCAAUUUCGCACAAGGAGUAACUGCUAAUAAUUGUGAGCCUAUCAUCGAAGAGCCAGCAAGUCCAGAGCCAGCACAUAUGGAAAAUCUCGAAACGGACAUUGAUGAUGCAUUUUACGAAGAUCCUGAUGUAAUUCCUACAGUCAAGAUCAACUUUGAGGAGUUCGAAAGGAACUUGCAGAAUUAUAUACAAGAUUAUAGUAUAGUGCUCCAAGAAGGUGACAUGACUAAGGCUAUAGUGGCUAUCACUGAAAAGGCUGCUUCAAUCCCUAUGCCUAAGCUAAAGAAUGUGAGCCGCCUCCGAACAGAGCAUCAAGUAUAUGUUAUUCCAGAUUCACACCCUAUUUUGGAAGGGCUGGAACAAAGACAGCCUGAUGAUCAAAGUCCCUACCUCCUCACUAUAUGGACUCCAGGUGAAACUGCAGUAUCUACUGAGCCACCAGAAACAUGUUGCAACUCUCAAGACAGAGGUGAACUGUGUGACAGUAAGCAAUGCUUUGCUUGCAGUUGUAGACAAGAAGAACAGGCUCAAACUAUCAGAGGCACAAUUUUGAUACCAUGUCGAACUGCAAUGAGAGGAAGAUUUCCACUCAAUGGCACUUAUUUUCAGAAAAAUGAGGUAUUUGCAGAUCAUGAGACUAGUAUUUCUCCCAUUCACAUUCCUAGGAAGUGGAUAUGGAACCUGCAUAGGAGGACUGUUUACUUUGGAACAUCUGUAACCUCAAUAGUUAGAGGUCUAACAACAGAAGAGAUACAACAAUGCUUCACGAGAGGAAAUAUUUGUGUGAGAGGGUUUGAACGGAAAACAAGGGCUCCAAGGCCUCUUUGUGCAAGACUUCACUUCCCGGCAAGCAAAGCACCGAGGAACAAGAAGACACCGGUCAAGGAAGCAAUUUAGUAGGUUAAGCAAAAGAUGGCAAGUGAACAGCCCUCCUAAAGAAUGGAUCAUUGACCAGGAUAUUCUUAUAUGGCACCUCUAUAAGAGAAGCCAAACAAAUGGCUUCAUAUGGCGAUCAUUCAGAAAACCAGUGUAAUCUUUCACAUGUUUAUUAUUUCAUUGCAUUCUAGAACAGGAGUCAUUCUUCUUGGAAACCAAAGGCAUGGUGUAAACUAGCGGGAGAGGGUGUUUAUUUCAGAAACUGAGAAGCUCCAGCCAAUUUGCUCUGUACAAUAUGUAGCUCCUGAGAGGAAUUGGCCUAUUAGACGGUUUCCACCAGAGCUUCUUGACUGAGGAAUGUAGUUUAAUUCCAACUAUGUUGGGUGUUCUAACCAAAAACUCAAUCUGUUUCAUUUCUCAAAAA